GUCUUCCAGUCGAAGUCAGAGUUAUGAACAGCCUGGACUUUGACUUGCACGCUCGCAUCUUGUCCAAGCUAGCCGAAACGCUAGCGGACUCCAGAGCAAAAACCACCAAUGACGAACUUGCAAGGUUAAAGCAGAAAUGCACUCCUCUCACCUCUGAUAAUCUCGACCAGACAUUGAGAAAACAGAAUGGCAAUUCAGCCAUUGUUGUUACAUACCGCGGUCAGCAGGGUAUCAAGAGUCUUGCCAAGUUUGCCUCUGCAGCUUCUCCAGAGAUACAGCGUGAAACUUUGCCAACCCUUAUCUCAUAUUUGCGCCAUCUACCGGCGUAUGAGUGGGAGCACAUUGUAAAAGCUAAGGGUCCCCUACCUCAAGAGUCGCUUACGUAUGUCCUUGUUCAGACACUUCUUGAAAUCGGAUACAAGCUUACCGAUGAAUAUGAGAGCAUCAAUGCCGCACUUUGGGAGUAUGCCGAAGUUCUACUCCGAGGUUUGGAAUCCAGAAAUGUCGAGUAUACCGUUGGCUUUCUGUUGCCUUCCCUCGCUGGUCUUUCCAAGGCUCUGCAGGAAUCACCAUACUUGUAUAGACAAAAUCAGCUCCUCCACAUCAUUCAAAACACUCAACCGCUUAUCCAAAACGAGACACUGGACCACGUUCGUUAUGCGAUUGAUACUUGUAUUUCUGAACGACAAUCGGAUGACUAUUGUCGGGAGAUUGCAAAGAAGUACUGGGAUGAUAAACAACCACUUAGCAACAAUCGUUUGAUUUAUGACUUGCUCGUCAUUUUGCGCAACGUGACAGGACGAAUGGUGACAGGCCAAGAGCCUACAAAGGGUCAGAAAGCUUUAAAUUUUACCGACACUUGUAAUAUCUUGGCCGAUAGUGCCUCAAAGAUCAUGCGACCCUCUUCAGCUGAUGCAUCCGAGAAGGACCAACAAUUGUCGAAGGCAAUGAGAGGCGUUUAUGUUAUGAGUUUGGGAUAUUAUGAGGAUGUGAAGGAGCUCGAUAACUCGACAUCAUCCGAGAUCAAAGCAUCAUCUUCUGAGGCUUAUAUGGCAGGAAUCAUGGCUUCUAGUCUGCAUGUGGCCGUUUUGGCUUCAGUUUACCUUCAUGAAGUCGAUGACAUCUUGAUGGACCAUAUCUCUGACUGUUUGUUCCAUCCAUCCGUGAUUACGACUCAGUCAGUCAUUGAGGCUGCUUUGGAUGUUGCUACUAUCCUCGCUGUCAACUUUAACCAUCUUACCGACCACGUUAUCACUUUGCUUUGUCGAUAUCUGACGGCUCCUAUCAAGGCUCGCGCUGCAGAUAUAACUUCUACCAUGAAUGCUGAUAUUCGUGAGCACACUAUUAAAGCAUUGGCUCGAUCCGUGAAGGCCAAGCCCGAGGGUGAGAUGACACAAACAGCAACCUCCACUUUGUAUGCUCUUUUGAACGAGAUUACGCGCAACAACAGAGAAUCCUACCCAGCUGCUAAUGGAGCUGCAUCAGGAGCCUCCUCUCUUUUCCCCAAUGGAGCAGCUUUGGAAGUAUCUGGAUUAACGGAUAGUGAGAGGGAGCAGAUUUGCGUCAGUGCGUUAUCUGGCAUCAUUGGUAUUGCCAAGCACCUUGAAGACGAUUCGAUUUCUGGACAGGCAUUUUCCAUGUUGAUUCUUCGCCGUAAAUCUCUCACUGAGAACACUGCGGCUGCUUUGAUUCAGCAAUUCCCUGGUCUGGCCGUAAGUAGUUCGCGCGGAGUCUUCAUGGAUAUCAUCAACUUGUUUGCCAGCCUCAAUACCGAACGUCGUGAGAGCAAGAUGAUUGCGGAUGCUGUAAUUGCUGCACAACUCGAUCUUGCUAGACGACUUCAUGAACGACCCGAGUUCUAUUCGCUGUACCUCACAAACUUGCUCGCCUUGUUUGUUGAGAAGGCUAACAGCAUUGAGCCAAUCUCCGCAAAGGAAAAGAAAGGGAUCAAACUUAGCCUUCCUACCGAGCUUGGUUCACUUCUUCCAGUCUUGGCAGCUCUUUUGGCACAUACCGAUUUCCGACCUCAUGAGACUCCUGUCGAGAACACAGUGGCUUUAUUCCGCAAUACUUGGUUCCAUCUUGUUCUCCACGGAUUCACAGACGAUGCCAUUUCUAUUCCAGAAUGGUACCGCUCGUUGAUUAUCAUUGCCUCCAAGACUCCAGUAUUGGUGAUGGAGAGUGCAACCAAUUAUUUGGAGAGUGACUUGGAGUACAACUCUGUACUUCGCAGCGGCCACAUAUCUGAUCGUGAUCUUUCCAAGAUGCGUCAAUCGCUCAUCAACUAUCUACCCAAGCGUAGUGCCGAAAUCAAGUCCUUUUCAUUCGCUCAAACUGUGUUUAUCCUCGCCGUUUAUCACAUUGAGCUCAUGCGUAACAAGAGUGGUGACUGCAGUUUCAUGCUGCGUUACUUCAUGAACCAGGGUGUCAAUAGUAGCUCCUUGGCCUCUUGCUUGGAGCAUGUUGUUGAAGUCGUGUCUGGCACCUUCAUUUCUGAAAAUUACACCAAGGCGGUUGUUUCUUGCAAUGAUGAUGCCGUCCGAGCGCAACUCCAUAUCUUACUCAAGCUCUGCUGCCACCGGCUUGCCAAGGUUCAUCAUUCCGCCAUCAAGAUUUCGGACCGUAUCGUUGCUGCUUUCCCUCAAAUCUUUACUGACAAGAGCCUCAUAUGUUUGUUGCUUGAGCUUGUGCAACUCUUGUGGUUGUCUUGCGAAGCAGAAUAUCGUGACGAGUACUGUCCCGUCUACAGGUUCACAUCCAUCAAGGCUGAUGUCACUAUCACUCUUGGCGAUUCGCAUUCGUACCGAAGAGACAUCUGUACGCGAUUCACGGAUUUCGGCAGAAAAUGGCUUCGUAUGGCGGUUGAGAGAGCCCCUCUGGAAGUCAAUGGUCUUUUACAGAACUACCUUGCUGAGUUUGAUCCUCUACAAGCUGAUAUGCCUACAGAUACUGUCCAUAUGGGUCGUUCUUUGGCUCUUGAGGCUGGAAGAGCCGCCUCAUCUGCACAACCUGUCAUUCAAUAUGCCCCUCAAGUCACUCAUACCAUCGUGGACAAUGCUUCCGAGUUUGUUGAUGCAUUCACCUCCAGAAGACAUUAUCGUGGCGAAAUGACCGGAUUGGCUCACUUUGGUGCUAUCAACAGAGGUGUCAAUAUGCAACACGGUGACAGUUCUCUUGUUCGCCGCGAGGUACUCAUGGAUCAAACACCUGUUGUCAACAAGAUCUUGACUGAUAUAUUGCAAGAAGUCAAGAACAACAAACCUGUAGCCAUCGGUUAUUUGCACCAUGCAUUGUAUCGUGCUGCUGGUCUGCUCAUCACUCUACCCAAGCUUGAUGCCGACAUCAUUCGCAACAUUGUCCGUAUUCCUGUGCAAAUUUUCAGUCCCGACAGUAUGCAUAUCGGUACAGCUGUGUGGGAUUGGAUUGUGGUUGAACGACCCGAUUUCGAAACCCUGUUGAUGGUCGAGAUGCUGUCGAUGUGGAAUUGGUGCCAGCGACACAGAAGAGGUCUCUUUUCUCCUGUACUCAAUUGCCAAAAUCCUUUUGUCAGCAGGAUGACCUACACACCUUCGGACAAGGCUAUUCGUCAAAAGAAUUGCAAGGUGGCCAAUUACUUAUUUGCUCCUCAUAUGACAUGGAUUUACUUCUUGUCUAGUCGCUUCCAUGCCAUCUCGCAUCGCAACAAGCAGCUUGUGAAUAUGUUCAUUCGACUCAUUCAGGAGUCUAUGCAAAACUUCCAUCUGUUGAGCACUCAUCCAUUGUCUCGCAUGGGUCGUUUCCAACUUUUGGUUUUGGCGGUGAGGAUGCUUCAAGGUAACCGUAUGGAGGCCCUUCAGGAAUACAAGUUCAGACAUCUCCUUUAUCAAACCGCCUUCAACUGGUUCACCAUGCCUGCAAGAUGGCAUUAUGGUUCUCGCAAGACCUCCGCUCUUGCAGAAUAUAAGGUUGUGCUCAACUUCUACAAUGCCAUCGCCAACGAUAAACCCAACUUGAACCGAAUGGUGACAAGUUCGUUGUUAAAGUCUUCCAACAACUCCAUUGGUUCUGGCCUCUACAGCUUUUUGUCAGGCAAGACCAAGGAUGAUGUCGUCAAACAUAAUGCUCAGUGCAAGAAAUUGCUCAUGCUCUUUUUGGAAAGUGAACUGAACAGAAUGUCUGUAUGGUCCAAUCCAUUGAAUACCCCUGGCCACGGCAAUUCGGGUAGCUUCAUCAACACCGUGGAGAAAUCGAUGCUUGUGGAUGAAUUGUGGAAGGACACUGUUCGUUUGGCUUGGGAGAUUGAUCCACGUCUUGCUGUCCAGAUGCCUGUCCGAUUCAAGAAUCCUGUGAUUGAAAGUGAACUCCGAAAUGUCAUUGCUAACAACACAUUGGAAGCAGUCGAUGAUGCUGAGGCCCUUGUCAUCUUACUCGGCGAUAAACUGGCCCCCAAUACGCGUCUUAACCUUAGACAUUUGCAAUACUGGAGUCCUGUAGCUCCCAUCACCGCCACUAGCUACUUCUCACCUGCGUAUAGCAAUCAUCCUUUGGUUCUUCAAUAUGCCAUGCGCGCUUUGGAAUAUUAUCCAGUCGACACUGUGUUCUUUUAUGUUCCUCAGGUUGUGCAAGCUCUUCGAUCCGAUGACUUGGGCUACAUUGAGAGAUAUAUCAUGGAAGCUGGAUCUGUAUCGCAACUGUUCGCGCAUCAGAUUAUUUGGAACAUGAAAGCCAACUUCUUUGUGGAUGCUGACAAGGAAUGUCUGAAACCCGACAGCCUCAAGCCGACCUUGGAAAGGAUCAUUCAUAAUUUGGUGGAGUCGUUCACUGGCGAGGACAAGGCUUUCUACCAGAGAGAGUUCAAAUUCUUUGGAGAAGUCACUGCCAUUUCUGGAUAUCUCAAGGAGUACAUCAAGUAUGGUCAGAACGAGAAGAAACCCAUGCAAAAGAAGCGCUUGGACGAAGAAAUGGCUAAGAUCAAGGUGGAUGUCGGUGUCUACUUGCCCAGUAACCCCGAAGGAAGAGUCAUUGAUAUCAACCGAACUUCCGGCCGUCCUCUCCAGUCGCACGCCAAGGCUCCUUUCAUGGCCACUUUCAAGCUUGAAAAGGACGUGGAGGAAGUUGGACCUAAGAAAACGCUGGUGGCGGACAACGGAUCACUUUCUAGUUCAGAAGACGAGGAUAAGCAGACGAUUCAGGUUUGGCAGGGUGCUAUCUUCAAGGUGGGAGAUGACUGUCGUCAAGAUGUUCUUGCUCUACAGUUGAUUGCUGUCUUCAAAAACAUCUUUACCAGCGUUGGUCUUGAUCUUUAUGUCUUCCCUUACCGGGUUGUUGCCACUGCUCCAGGUUGCGGUAUGAUCGAUGUCAUUCCUCGCUCCAUCUCUCGUGAUCAACUUGGAAGAGAGAAAGUGAAUAGCAUGUAUGACUACUUCGUGGCCAAAUACGGUGGCGAAGACUCUAUUGAAUUCCAGCAAGCUCGCAUUAACUUUGUCCAAAGUGUUGCUGCCUAUUCAGUGAUCUCGUACUUGCUCCAGAUCAAGGACAGACACAAUGGUAAUAUUAUGCUGGACGAAGAUGGCCAUAUUGUUCAUAUCGACUUUGGUUUCAUCUUCGAUAUUGCCCCCGGUGGCAUUACAUUCGAAAGUUCCCCUUUCAAACUCACUGCAGAAAUGGUUCAAGUUAUGGGAGGUGGCUCAGAGGUGCAACAGUUCAAGCAGUUCUCUGAACUUGUACUAAAGGCUUAUCUCGCAUCAAGACCUUAUGCUGACGAAAUCUGCCACUUGGUAUCGCUCAUGCUGCAAUCUGGUUUGCCAUGCUUCAGAGGCGAGACUAUCAAACGUCUUCGUUCACGCUUCCAGCUUGAAAAGACUGAGCGUGCUGCUGCCGACUUUAUGAGCUUGAGAAUCAAGGAUUCUUUCGAGAACCAGCGCACCGUACUUUAUGAUUAUUUCCAGAAACUCACCAAUGGUAUCCCAUACUAAAGGAAUCAAUCCAUGAGCUUGUUUGAAUGCUAUGUAAUAAAUUCCAAAGAGUAUUCCUAUUUUGUAAGGCCGUGUCA